AUGUACGCCACCGAAGCUCUUCUUUACGCUGCUCCAUCGACAUUAAAUGACUCUGGCAUUGGUUUAUUCCUACAUCCUAGAUUAAGAAAGAUAUCCGCAGGAUCUUAUUUGUGCACAUAUGCUACAUCAUGGUCUUCAUAUCAACCGUCUGAGGAAGAUGGUUCCUAUGUCCUAGAAGUUGCCGUCAACGGCCACACACGAUUUUACGACGCUACGAGUUAUGACGGUGCAAACAUUGGCCGGUUUGCCAAUGAAAAUGGUGUGCUGGAAGCUCUCAAAGACGUCAAAAGGAGGUCGGACAAGAAAAAGUUCACCAACUUCCAUGAAUCAGAGUGGAAAAAAGUGAACGAUGAUUUGGCACAGAAAGCGAAUGCCUGCUUCAAGGUGCAUGGAAAUGAGCUGCAUUUGAUAGCAAAAGUCGAUAUUCAACCCAGCAAAACACCUAUCGAAAUUUUUACCUCUUAUGGGGAUAUUAGAUCGUUUUGGAUUGCAGGCAUUGUUCGUCAUCCAGAGAAUUACCCAGCGAAUAUGGUAAAAAUUGUUAAAUCUCUUUUUAAUUCUCAUCGAAGCAACUGGACUAUUGAACAGAAGCAGCGUUGGGGAAAUUGCGAAGAUUUAUUAGAUGAGAACAAUAAGGUGUGCACAUUUAGCGAAGUGUUAAUUUAA